CUGCCUCCGCGUGGCUGGGGCUGGCUCGCUCUCGCGCGAUCUGCUCGGGUCUCGGCUCUCCGUCUUCCGCUUCAGGUGCGCCCGGGAGCGCCGUGCCCCCGGCUGCGAGAUGCACUCGGACGAUGUUGUUUGGGAUACUCUUGGCAACAAGCAGUUCUGCUCAUUUAAGAUCAAAACAAAAACACAGAGCUUUUGCCGGAAUGAAUUUAACGUCACGGGCCUUUGCAACCGGUCCUCCUGCCCCUUGGCAAACAGCCAGUAUGCUACCAUCAAGGAAGAGAAAGGCCAGUGCUACCUUUACAUGAAGACCAUUGAACGUUCUGCCUUCCCCAACCGGCUGUGGGAACGGGUCCGGCUGAGCAAGAACUAUGAGAAGGCGCUGGAGGAGAUCGAUGAGAACCUGAUCUACUGGCCCCGCUUCAUCCGGCACAAAUGCAAGCAGCGCUUCACCAAGAUCACACAGUACCUGAUCCGAAUCCGCAAGCUGACCCUCAAGAGACAGAGGAAGCUUGUUCCAUUGAACCAAAAAGUGGAAAGGCGUGAGAAGAGGCGAGAGGAAAAAGCCCUGAUUGCAGCUCAGCUAGACAACGCGAUUGAAAAAGAAUUGUUGGAGAGGCUCAAGCAGGACACGUAUGGUGAUAUAUACAACUUCCCCAUCCAUGCGUUUGACAAAGCUCUGGAACAGCAGGAUGUUGAGAGUGAAAGUGACUCAGACACAGAGAAGAAGGAAGAAGAGGAUGAUGAUGAAGAUUUGAACAAGAGGGAGUUUGUGGAGGUAGAUGAGAGUGAUCUCAGUGAUUUUGAGGAUAUGGAUAAACUGGCAACAAGCAGUGAAGAGGAGGGAGAAGAGGAGACUACAUCCAACAAAGAGGAAGAGUGGGAACAGCAGCCGAAGUCCAAGGGCAAGGCUCCCCUGAAGGGCCCCGUGAGGAGGAAACGAGCUUACGUAGAAGUAGAAUACGAGCAGGAAACAGAACCCCUGUCUAAAUCGAAAGUGAUGUGACUCUUCCCAUGGUUUGAGAACUCUUUGCUGAACAUGAUUUGAGUGCCUGUGGAUCUUGGCAGCGGUUGGUUCUGCAGCCCCCAAGACUGAAGACAAGCACCUGCAGAUAUUGAGCUGGGUUAAAACGCCAGGCACUGAUACUGACACACUGAUACGCCUUUCAUCUAUUAUUUUUUAGUCUAUUUUUGCAUACCGACAAUUACGAUAUUUAUAGUCCAAGCUUGGGAGCAAAGAUGGCUGGAUUUAAAAAAAGAGCGUAUAGCUUUAUUGACUUUGUAAGCUGCUUUUGUGGGUAUAAAAGUGGCAUAUAAAUAAGUACACCAGAACAA